CUAGGGCUCGGUCCGGCUUUUGCUGUCCCUGGGUCCGAUCUGGCCCGUCGCGGACCGCCGCCAGGAUGGCAGUCAUGGGCGUCCAGCUGGUUGUGAGUCUCAUCACAGCUAGCCUUAUGCACAGGAUGGCCCCACAUUUCUCCUUUGCCCGAUGGCUACUCUGCAAUGGGAGCCUGUUCCGCUACAAACACCCCACCGACGAGGAGCUUCGGGCCUUGGCAGGGAAACCGAAGCCAAAAGGCAAGAAGGAAAGGAGGGCGAAUGGCCUCAGUGAGGAGAAGCCUCUCUCUGUACCCCGGGAUAUCAACCUUCAGCUGGAGACGAGUCCCAUCACCGCCAUCGACGCGCUUGUGCUGCGAUAUUUCUCUGAAUAUCAAUGGUUCGUGGACUUUGCGGUCUAUGCCUGUGGUGUCUAUGUCUUCACUGAGGGCUACUAUUGCCUGGUGGACCCUGCGAAGGAGGCCAACAUCGGGGUGCUCUGGUGCCUUCUGACCAUCAUCUUCUCUGUCAAGGUGUUUCUGACGGUGAUGAGGCUGUACUUCCACUCGGAGGAGGGCGGGGAGCGCUCCGUCUGCCUGGCCUUUGCCUUCCUCUUCCUGCUUCUGGCCAUGCUGGUGCUGGUGGUUCGGGAGGACAUCCUGGAGUUUGGCCUCGAGCCAGGCCUGGCCAGUGUGACCCAAAAUCUGGAGCCUUUGCUGAAGAAGCACGGCUGGGACUGGUGGAUCCCCCUGACCAAGCUGGCCUUCCGCCUGGUCCUCGUGGCCGUGUGCUCCAUCCUGGGGGGCUGCCUCACAUUCCCGGGCCUGCGCCUGGCCCAGACCCACCUGGACGCGCUGCAACUGGCGGCCGACAGACCUCUGCUGCAGCUCAUCCUCCACACAAGUUUCCUGGCUCCUGUGCUGAUCUCGUGUCUGUGGAUCAAACCCAUCGCCCGGGACUUCCUCCUGCAGGCCCCCGUGGGAAAGUCGGCCCCCGUACAGCUACUGUCAGACUCUGCCUUUGACUCGGUGCGCCUGUGGGUGGUGCUGGCCCUGUGCCUGCUGCGGCUGGCGGUGACCAGGCCGCACCUGCAGGCCUACCUGUGCCUGGCCCAGCGCUGGGUGGAGCAGAUGAGGAAAGAGGCCGGCCGCAUCAGUGCCCUGGAGAUCCAGCGCAGGAUCACACGGAUCUACUGCUACGUGUCGGUGGUGAGCCUGCAGUACCUGGCGCCCAUCGUCCUCACCCUGCAUCUCACCCUCUUACUGAAGACUCUGGGAGGCCACUCCUGGGCCCCAGGGGCCUCCCGCCCAGCCCCCAGCCUGGCCCCAUCGCCGGACCCGGCUGGCAUCCCCGGAGAAGAUGAGGCACGGGCUGCAGCGGCCCAGAUCACGGGCGCCCUGGGCGGCCUCUUCACCCCUGCCUUCGCCCGAGGCCUCUUUGCCUUCCUUACCUGGUGGACAGCCAUAUGCCAGCUGCUUACCAGCCUCUUUGGCCUCUACUUUCACCAGCGCCUGGCGUCUUCCUAGCCCCUACAAGGAGGGCUCAGAUGAUGUGUAUAAGGGAGGCCCAGCCUCCUCCUUCUUCAGGUCUGUUGCCUCCCCCUCCCUCCUGGGGCUCAGCCUGGAAAAGUGCCAGGGGGGACCUAGGGAGGCUGAGUGAGGCUGGGGCGCCGUUGCCUCCUCUAGGGUCCUCCCCUUCGCCUCCUUCUCCCACCAGUUUCACCCUCAGUGCCUGAGCCCACGGCCCCAGCCUCUGACCUGCUUUGACCUCCCAGGACUCCUGGAAGCUGGGCUGGUCCCCAGGACCUUUGAUGGGGGGGAGGACAAAGGGGGCUGAUAGACGGAUGGGAUUGGGGUGAGAGCCAGGGAGGGGAGAACCCCCACUCCGACCCGGCUCCCAGCCUUCCUCAGAGACAGAGGCCCGGAGGGAGACCCGAGAGCCUUCAGGGAAGGCAGGAGGAUGCUGAAGCCAGGGCCUCCUCAGGGGCUCUUCCCCUUUCCUGUGCCCUGGACCCCGCUGGCAUUCUGGGGCCUCUAUGCAAGCCUUCCUCACGAGGAGGUUUUUAAAUUCGUCCAAUAAAAGACGUGCGAUUCCAGCAGA